UGGGACACUUUGGCAACUACACAAAGGCAUCUCAUGAAAUCAAGCAGGCCUUAUAUAUAUUUAUAGGUGCUAGAGGACAACAAGUUUCAUCCAGAAAAGAAAAAAGAAUUUAAACUUGAAGAGGAAGAAGAAAACUGGGGAGUAAAAUGGAAAGGGGAGGAAAUGUCAUAAGCUGCCACACCACCGAAACCUGGGACAAUGUGCUUUCCCAGGGCAUGCAAGAGAAAAGAUUGAUGAUUGUUGACUUCACGGCUUCAUGGUGUGGUCCUUGCCGAACCAUAGCCCCAUUCGUAGCAUCCUUGGCUAAAAGCACACCUGAUGUCCUCUUCCUCAAGGUGGACGUGGAUGAAUUGCCGUUGGUGGCUGAAGAUUGGGGCGUAAAGGGAAUGCCAACAUUCAUGUUCCUAAAGGAAGGCAGAAUUUUGGAGUCUUUUGUUGGAGCCAAGAAAGAUAAGUUGCAGCAGCUUCUUGCCAAACACACCAUGAAAUAUCCUGCUGCUUCAGAUGAUUCAUAUAUCAAAGUUGAAAUUGUUGGCUAAAUAAUUGUUAUUAUUAGAUACUCCCUCCGUCCCGCUAGAAGGUUCCCACUUUCCUUUUUUGGACGUCCCGUUAGAAGGUUCACAUUUCCAUUGUAGGAAACAAUUAACAAUCUUAAGUGACAAAAUAAUCAUUAAAUAUUAGAAAUAAUACAUUUAUAACAUCACAUUUAUCGAUACUAACUACAUUAUAAUAUAUACCUAUUAAUAUUAUUUCUCAAAAUAUACUCGAAGUACUUUAUUUAAUUAUUGUCUAAAUAACCGUGCCAUUUUGUUAUGAGAACCUUCCAACGGGACAGAGGGAGUAUAUAUUAUUAAUUAUAUUAUCAAUCAUUUGACAAGUCCUAUUGCUGGAUCAGAGUAUCGUUUAUACGGAGUAUUUUGUAAUUUUCAGCGUUAUUAUAUACGAAGUCUAAUAAUCAUGAUGAGAGUUACUACAUAUAAUUUUGUAUUUUGUUGCGAUGAUGGAUUAAUCUUCAAUUUUGAAGAAUAAAUUAAUAUAUGCUCUCAACUUUGCAUCUCA